CUCCUCCAUUGGCACCCAUGGUUGAGAAUUUUGAAAAGAUGAAGAUAAAUGAAGAAACAGCAAGAUAUAACCAAGGCGAGCUAUUUUUUUCUGGAGGAAACCUGAAUGCAAAGAAAUCCCUCAUCAAUGAUCAAAUAAGAGCAAUCCAAUUUUACAGGCUCAAACAAGAGCAAGCUACGAAGAAAACGGAACAAAAGUUGCAAAAGCCAAGCACAAAGCAUUACCAUCAAGGCAAAGGAAGAGUUCUCGAUGGGUUCAACAAUGGCCAUAAAGCUGCCCCUAAUUCUAAAAAUCCCUUGUAUAAUCUGCAUCAGCGUCAACAACAGGGCAACCAACAAGCCGGUCCACAUAUGAGGGCGGUUUUCUUCAAUGCAUCCGGUUCAAGAAAUGGUUCUAGAGGAACCGGGGUUUUCUUGCCUCGUGGAAUAGGAGGAAACCCUACCGAGUCAAGCAAGGAACAAGGAUGUGCCACAGUUCUGAUUCCUACAAGAGUAGUUCAGGCACUGAAGCUCCACUUUGAGAAAACAGGUGUUCCAACAAGGUCCAACAAUAGUGGUUUCCCUCUCCAACACGAUGCUUGUGGAAGUGGGAGGAAUAAUAACAAGCAUUCACUGCACAAGGGUCAGUCCAAGGCAGCGCCGGCUCUCAACCUUCAAGAAAUGAGUCUACCUCAAGAAUGGACAUAUUAAAGCAAACAACACAACCACAUGGGGUUGUUUGUUUCCAUCAAUCGAAGCGUAGAUUGUAUUUCAAGGCAGAAUAAAAGAGGAUAAAACAAAAAUAAAGACAGACAGUGGUCAAAAUAUAUGGAAUCUAGGGUUAAGAUUAUAUAUCUAUUAAUUUGUUUUCUUUCUUUCAGCCUUUAGCCCUUGUUUUAAAGGGUUUAGCCUUUAGAUGGGAAAAUUAAAAUAAAUUUGCUAAGAAAAU